AUGGCGAGACCUUUUUCCCCUCUCGGAGGAAGAGCGUCUGCCCAUACGCCCCGCCUCCCUGAGGGCUUUGAUGCUCACUUUCACCUUGACCGGACCUCACUUCGGUUGGGGUUAAAGGGCCUGUCCCUCCAACAAGUUGUCCAGGGCAAGGACAAGGAUUCCCUGUAUCCGUUCACCCUCACAGGAGGAACGGCCGUGUUCUGUGAUCCAGACACAUGGCCGGACCCCAAAGAGUUGCCCGCUCUCAGAAGAAUGGGGUUAGUGCUGGCAGUGGGGCUCCACCCCAAGAAGGUGGCCAGCAGUACGCAAUUUGCCUGUCUGGAGACUCUCCUUUCCUCCCCAAAUGUGUCUGCUGUGGGAGAGGUGGGGAUUGAUCACACAGCUCCCCCAGGCGAGUGGGUCGGCCAACGACUCCGGCUAGAAAAGGUUCUCCAAUUGUUGACCCCUGCCAAGAUUCUAGUUCUGCACUGCAGAGGUCUGCCAGGAGGUGAGGACGACGCACUGUUCUCCCUCCUGAUGCACCUGCAGUGCAUCCCCAUUAGUGCCACUCAGCUUAUACACCUGCACCACUUCCAGGGGUCUAUGGGGGUCUUGCGGCGGUGGAUUCAGUCCUACCCUAACACCUAUUUUGGGGUAGGGUCCCGCGCAGACUCUCUCCCUGGAAGAAGAGUGGCGGUGGCGGAGCUGCACAGGAGUAGGGUCUUGCUGGAGUCCGACUCUCCGCACUUCCCAUGCAAGCCCAACAGGCAUGGGACUCCAGCAGACCUGGGGUGGACGGGUGCGAUGAUUGCACCCAUCUGGGGUUGCACCUGGCAGGAGGUACUGGCCAUCACGGCCAGGAACGCCAGGUGUCUGUAUGUGGACGGGCUCCCGCCCGAGUCCACGGGGCAGUAG